AUGAAGCCGGGAGCUUUCCGGCUGAAGCAGAGCGGGAUUGUGGCUUUCCCAGGAUUCCUUGCUGGAAGAAGUGUCCAGGAAAAUGAACGCUGGGAUGAGCAAACAAAGAGUGUCCACAGAGAGAAGAGGAGUGGACCCCAGUCUGCAGAAAGACCCAGAGCUGCAGAUUUUGGUCUGCGGGAGAUUUUUGGAGAACAUCAGAUCAGUCUGAGGAGCAGAAGUGAACAUGUGGCUGAAGGAACUGAAGAAGCAGGAAGGGAAACGCUCCUCAACGAGGUCUACACUGAGCUCUACAUCACAGAGGAACUGAGACCAGAGACUAACACCCAACAUGAGGUGAUGCAGCUGGAGACAACCAUCAAGACCAACAAGCUCCAUGACACUGCAAUCAAGAACCCAGACAUCUUCAAAGUCUCCCCUGACCAACACAGAUCCAUCAGAGUGGUUCUGACCAGCGGAGCUGCUGGAGCUGGAAAAAGCUUCUCAGUGCAGAAGUUCACUCUGGACUGGGCCGAGGGUUUGGAGAACCAAGACAUCAGUGCUGUGGUUCCUCUUUCCUUCAGGGAGAUGAACUUGAUCAGAGAUGAGCAGCACAGUCUUCUCACUCUGAUCCAGCUUUUCCAUCCAACACUCCAGAAGAUCCCAGCAGAACAGCUGUCUGUCUACAAACUUCUGUUCAUCUUUGAUGGUCUGGAUGAAAGCAGACUUUCUCUGGACUUCAACAACAGUCAGGUGGUGUCUGAUGUCACUCAGAAGUCCUCAGUCAACGUGCUGCUCACUAACCUCAUCCAGGGACGUCUGCUUCCCUCAGCUCUAGUCUGGAUCACUUCCAGACCUGCAGCAGCCAAUCAGAUCCCUUCUUCAUGUGUGGACAGACUGACAGAAGUACGAGGCUUCAAUGAUGCUCAGAAGGAGGAGUACUUCAGGAGGAGAUUCCCAGAUGAAGAGCUGUCCUGUAGAAUCAUCUCCCACAUCAAGAGCUCCAUGUCCCUCUACAUCAUGUGUGAAGUUCCAGUCUUCUGCUGGAUCACUGCUGUGGUUCUGGAGAACAUGCUGACCACAGAGCAGAUAGGAAAACUGCCCACCACCCUGACUGACAUGUACUCACACUUUCUGAUGGUCCAGACAAAGAGGAAGAAGAACAAGUACCAGCAGGAACAUCAGACAAGUCCACAAGAGCUGACAGAGACUGACAGGGAAGUUCUUCUGAAGCUGGGGAGGCUGGCAUUUGAACAUCUGGAGAAAGGAUACAUCAUGUUCUACCAAGAAGACCUGCAGCAGUGUGGUCUGGAUGUCACAGAGGCCUCAGUGUACUCUGGAGUUUGUACUGAGAUCUUCAGAAGGGAGUGUGAGAUCUUCCAGAAACCAGUCUACAGCUUUGUUCAUCUGAGUGUUCAGGAGUUUCUGGCUGCAGUCUACGUGUUCCACUGUUACUCCAACAGGAAGGUCAAGGUCAUUAAGGACUUCCUGAAGUACAACAUGGAGAACACAUCCCUGGAUAAGUUUCUGAGUAGAGUCAUGAAGGAAUCCCUGCAGAGUCAAACUGGACACCUGGACCUGCUUGUUCGCUUCCUUCAUGGUCUCUCUGUGGAGUCCAACCAGAGACUCUUAGGAGGUCUGCUGGGUGAGACAGAGAAGAAUCCAGGAACCAUCCCGAGAGCCAUCAACAACCUGAAGGAGAUCAACAUCAGAGGAAUCUCUCCUGACAGAAGCAUCAACAUCUAUCACUGUCUGCUGGAGAUGAAGGAUCUAUCAGUUCAUCAGGAGAUCCAAGAGUUCCUGAGGUCAGAGAACAAACCAAAGAAUAAACUCUCAGAGAUCCACUGCUCAGCUCUGGGCUACACUCUGCAGAUGUCAGAGGAGGUUCUGGAUCAGCUGGACCUGGACCAGUACAACACAUCACCUGAGGGUAAACGGAGACUCAUCCCAGCUAUGAGGAACUGCAGAAAGUUGAUAAUUGACACGGAACGCUCGCGGCUUGGGCACAAAAUAGAGCAGAUGCCUGAAACGACUCGCUACACUGCGCGGGCCCUCCAUGGAGGUCUGCGCCGCUCCGUGCCUGGUGUGAACAACGCCAUACAUAAACAUGGCGCCGGACAGAGGCGGCCUCCAUUCCACUGCAUCCAGUGUGAACCCGGCAUGAGGCUGAAACUUUUGGGGGAGCAGAGAAGCUGUAACACAACUCUGAAGUCCAACCCGUCCCACCUGACAGAACUGGACCUGUGCAGGAGUGGCAUCCAGGAUUCAUCCAUGGAGGUUCUGUGUUCUGGGCUGGAGAGUCCAAACUGCAGACUGCAGGCUCUGAGGUGA